AUGUCAAUCAACGGGCUUGCUGUCUUUCUUGCUACUUUGGAACGAAAGAUAGUUGGCCGCUUGUCGAUACCUGAAGCAGACAAGCCACUCCAGCACCGAUCGGUAACGUCAAUCCAAGAGGAAAACCACACAAUGAUGACACUACACUUGACACCACCGUUGCAAGUCUCCAACGUGAAGCUUGAUAUUGGUAACCUAUUGGUGCCGACUUACUUCGGCGGGCUGAAACCAGUCGAGGAGCAUGUCGAGGAGCACGACGCGGACCAGAAACCGCGGGGUACACAACGAUCUCGACUUGCUGCGGUUGUCCUGAUUCCCUACCAGAAUCUCCGUGCCAUGACUGGCGCCUUCACAACCCCGGCUAUCACGGAGUGUUUCAUCACUCAAGCGCUUGCAGAUUUGUGGUUUCAAAUCAAGACAUUCUGCAUGGAAGCUCACAUCCAAAGCUGGCCCGAAGACACAAUCUUGCUCACCAUCGAGGCGUCUCUUCGUGCUCAAGAUUACGAAGCCUUUGUGCAUGUUGCCAGCAAUGGGCAGAUUGAGUUAUCUCAAACCCUGGUCUCCGCAGUUGAGAAGGCUGUCAUGAUGAGGCCGGGUUGCAUUCAUCAUCCGCUGUUACAGAAAACGCUGUCUUCUGUCCUCGAAACAAUCUACCGUAUCCACGCACGCUUCGCCCCCAUCAAAGCCUUUUCUCAGUUCUUCACCCAAAUGACUCCUGCCAGGCGUUUUUGUCUGCGGAACUGGUGAAAUUGGUAACUUUGGCUCAGAAUUAUCAGAAUCUGGGAAGGUUGGAUAGGAAGAGCCUCGGAGUGUCAGACGGCGUUGCCCUUGUGGAUCUUAGUCUUGACUGUUUGGAUGUCGGCUUUCUAGAGUUCAGAAUCAUGCCAAUUGUUUCAGACCCCCGGGCUGGGCUGUCUGUAAUUCUUGGAUUCAUUCAAAAAUUGCUUGAGAGAACGGUGGUCCACGACAUCCAGCAUGAUACUGCCCUUCGACUGUACCAAAAGUUGGAAACCUCGAGUCUCUCGAAGCUUCAUUUCGAGAAUCUCAUUCGUGAGACACAACAGUCUUCAAAGUACUGUUGCCCUGGGAUCUUAGUCCCCAUUAAUAUGGUACCGCCAUAUUUCGAGAUCUAGAGCGACUUGGCUGGGUUAAACAAGCGUCAAAUCUUGCA